UUGAAAUGAACGUUAUAAAAUUAUUAAUAAUCCUUUAUGUUCUUAUUGAAGUGAUUGAAGCUUAUAAGGAACCAUGUCCUUACGGAGUAGAAGAUGUGUUUAAUGAUCUUAAAACUUGUUGCAAUGUAAAUUUUAUGAACAUAAGUGGUAUCGCACCAAACUGUGAGAAUUAUACUUUGUCAAAUAUAUUUCCCAAUUCGGAAAAAGAUGGACAUUACAACUAUGCUAAUCCGUGUUUCAUUGAAUGUAUGUUAAAGGAGUAUAAUGUUUUGGAUGAGGAGCAUCUGUACGUGGAUAAACUUGAAAGUUUCUUAAGAAAAUUAUACGAUGCAGAUCAAAACGAUAUUAUAGAUUUAGCAUUUGCUGGUAUUAAAGAUUGUGCUAUAAAUGUACAUAAUAAAAUCAAAAUUGGUCAACGCCAUGGUUAUAUAUUAAAUACACCAAACUUUCAUCCGCGUGCUGGCCUUACCUGCUCCUGGGUACCAAUAACAAUGGUACUCUGCACACAUAGAAAAAUAUUUCAGAAAUGCCCUAAGAGACAUUGGAACAAUAGCAAAAAUUGUUUGAAAAAAAAAGAAUUCUACGGUCGAUGCUAUGACACAACUAAUAAGGGUACAUCAAGUGGUCUGAAGCUUGUUAGCAAUAAAGAAUCUUAAUGAA